CUAAUUUUUACUGAUGUUGCACAAGAACUGAUUGGGAGCCAUGCGCCACUCGAGGUUUACCACGUAUAUAGUCAUUCAUAGAACCACCUGGCAGAGAGCCAGAAGAUCGACCGUGGGGUUCGGAGUGGAUGUGGGAUCAAGUGCAAGAUCACCGGCAAAUCGGUGGGAGCUAUUGUUCAGAGCACUACAAAAAACCAGAGCAUCCGAGAAAGUAUUUUAUAAUGAAGAAUGCAAGAUUAUAUAAAACAGCAUGUUUGUAAGUAUGUUAGUACAACACAUAUAAUAUCUUAAAGUAUUUGAAAAAUUUAAAACAUGUUUGGAAAGUAUUUUUGAAUUCCUUAAAAAAGUUCUUAACUACUUAAAUGUAAAUUGUGAACUCCUGAUUUUGCUCAGUGCAGUUGUCCCUCAACUUGAACGCAUUUGCAUCAAUCUCCCAGAGAAUUUCAUUCAUUUCAAAUCGCCGGCCUGCAGUUCGCUCUUCAGAAUCCAAGAGGCGGCUCUCAACGCGAUGGCCACCACCACCGAGUUGGGGUUUCCCGAGAUCGGACGUGGCAGGACUUGGAGGAAUAAACCAAAAAAAAUAAUUAUUAUUUAUUUAUUUACUGUUUAGACAAAUUGUAUGUGAUUAACUAAGUUUGAAUACUUGUGUAUGUAGUUGAAUUUGAAUUUUGAGUUUAAAUAAAAUGGAAAUAAUUAG